GACAGGACAAGAAGACAUAGUCUUAAGCUGCGCCAGAGGAGGUUUAUGUUGGACAUAAGGAGGAAUUUCUUCACAGAAGGGGUGAUUAGACACUGGAACGGGCUGCCCAGGGAAGUGGCGGAGUAACCGUCCCUGGAAGUGUUUAAGGAAGGACCGGACGCAGCACUCAGUGCCAUGUUCCGGCUGGCACGGUGGUGUUCGGUCAGAGGUUGGACUCGAUGAUCUCAGCGCUUCUUUCCAGCCCUACUGAUUCUGCUUUUCUGGGAUUGUGCUCUCGCCCCGCGGCGCCUCCAGUUCCGCGGCCCGUCCCGCAGGCCGAGGGGCGGGGCCGGUGUCCAUGGAAACCGAGCGCACGCGGAGCGCCGCCCUCCUUCCCUGCUUCCCGCCGGCCGCCGCCGCCAUCGCCACCAUGAUGCUGCUGGGCCGCGGGCUGGACGCCAGGGACAAUCAGACUAGACAAAUGCAAGAUGCUGUUUCAAAUGUGGAAAAACAUUUUGGUGAAUUGUGCCAAAUAUUUGCUGGAUAUGUACGUAAAACUGCCAGACUACGAGACAAAGCAGAUCUUCUAGUAAAUGAAAUAUAUGCAUAUGCAGCUACAGAGACACCAAACUUAAAAGUUGGACUGAAAAACUUUGCAGAUGAAUUCUCCAGACUUCAAGAUUAUCGCCAGGCAGAGGUUGACAGGCUGGAAGCCAAGGUUGUUGAACCUCUGAAAUCUUAUGGGACCAUAGUGAAACUUAAAAGGGAUGAUCUUAGAGCAACUUUAACAGCAAAGAACCGAGAAGCCAAGCAAUUAUCUCAACUGGAAAAGACGCGUCAGCGGAAUCCAUCAGAUCUACACAUUAUUGCUGAAUGUGAACUGCAGAGAGCGACACUGGAUGCUACUCGAACAACUCGGCACUUAGAGGAAACCAUUGAUAAUUUUGAGAAACAGAAGAUAAGGGAUAUCAAAAACAUAUUUUCUGAAUUUAUAACUAUUGAAAUGUUGUUCCAUGGGAAAGCUUUAGAGAUAUAUACUGCUGCCUAUCAAAAUAUCCAAAAUAUUGAUGAAAAUGAAGAUUUGGAGGUUUUUCGGAGCUCACUUUAUCCACCAGACUAUCAGUCUCGCUUAGACAUAGUUCGUGCAAAUUCCAAGUCCCCCCUGCAAAGAACUGGCUCCUCAAAAUCUUCACUGAGAACAGCACAGAUUUCCCGCAGAAUGCUAAGAAAAGAUGAAGAAGAGGAAGAGGAGGAAGAUGAAGAUGACGAAGAGGAGGAUGAUGAGGACGAAUUUGAUGCUACUAAGGAAGUACUACAGUGAGAAAAAAACUGAUCAACACAGCCUCUGCAAUCUCUGUCAACUACCCAUCCUUUGCUGUGUUGACAAACUACCAGUUCACUCUUUCCAGACAAAGCAGCCAGCAUCAUUCUCACCAUGACCCAGAUCUGCUGAGCAUAAUAAUUGGGAUCAUUAACUAUACAAGGUUUAAAUAUAAGACACACAUUUAAAUGGCAAUUUCCUUUUUAUUUUAAAAAAGUUGCAAAGCUAGCUAAUGAGAACAGCAAGCUCUUAAACAGGAAUGCCUGCAAACAUAUGAAACCGAAUAAAACCUGAAAAGUUUACACAAAAAGAAACCAAAAAAAAAUCAGUCAUUUUAAAAUUUUAUUAAGCUAACCUCAGUAAGAAGUGUCAUUUACUAAUGCAGGUAGCACUGAAAAUCUUCUAUUUGAACCAUUUGUAUGGUCAGUCAACCAGCACUUACGUUUUUAUUUGAUGCAAAGACAUAAGACUGGAAUUAAUCUAAAAAAAAAAAAAAAACCCCAAAGCAUUACAACUCCAUCCUUUUAUACCUUGAAGUAUGACAUUCAAUGUCAUACAGGUAUUUUAACCAAGAGCUAAACAACUGAACUGGGUAUUAUUUACAACCGUUGAUGGAAACUGUCUGUUUUGCAUCUUCCAGCAAUUAAAAGUUAAAAUAACUGUCAA